CGGCUGUGCUAUGCUGGAAAAUCUCAAUUUUUCACCAUGUCCACAGAAACGAGCCACCCGCCCAGGUACGCCGGGUUCAUCGCAGGCGUCUUCUCGGGUGUCAUGAAAAACGCCGUCGGACACCCGUUCGACUCGGUCAAAGUGCGUCUCCAAACCUCCGAGGGCCGCUUCAAAGGCCCCAUCGACUGCACUCUGAAAACUUUGCGCUACGAAGGAGUUAGAGGACUCUACAAGGGCUUCACGCCUCCGCUCGUUGGCUGGGUCCUCAUGGACUCCGUCAUGCUCGGCUCGCUUACGCUCUACCGCCGGCUGGUGAAGGACAACCUGUACCCAGCAGAGAAAAAGCUGCCUCUCGCCGGCUGCUGUCUCGCCGGUCUCGGGUCUGGACUCACAGUGUCCUUUGUGGCUGCCCCAAUAGAACAGCUGAAGGCGCGAUUGCAGGUCCAAUACGACGCGAAAACCAAGCAGUUCACAGGGCCGAUCGACUGUCUGAUAAAGCUGGUCAAACACGACGGCCUGCGCACGCUGUACAAGGGCCUAGUGCCGACCAUGAUCUUCCGCACCAACUUCAUUGUCUGGUGGGGGUCGUACGAGCUGAUCACGACGUGGCUCAAGGAAAACACCAGCAUGAGCACCGCGGCAGUCAACUUCUGGGCCGGCGGCCUGAGUGCGUCGUGCUUCUGGGUCACGGCGUACCCGGCCGACGUGGUGAAAAACGUGAUAAUGAUCGACGACGUGAAAAACCCGCGAUUCAAGAGGUACUUCGACGCGGUGAAGUUUGUGUACACGGAGCGUGGGCUGCGCGGAUUCACGCGGGGCUUCGUGCCCAGCAUUCUGCGCAGCUUCCCGGCCAACGCGGCGGCCCUGGCCGCGUUCGAGUUUGUCAUGCGGCUAUUUUAGGCGUCGUUCUGGCUUACGUAAUCAGACCUUACACGCCGUGGCUUCUGGCGCUCUGGCACGGCGUAUCUCUGUCUCUCUCUCUGUGUGUUCCCUCUCUUUCCUCCUAUCAUGAAACCCGCUGUUGUGCUCUCCAUCCUCGGCGCGCUGGCAGGCUGCUGCUUUGGCAGGCUCGUCCACGCAGCCGACGACUCCAACGACACAGAGCACGCAGAAAUCCAGCCCAAAUGUUUCAAGCAGAACUACUACAUCAACGCGGCCGGCGACAUGAGAGAACUCCACGACUGCCGGAUCAUCUCCGGCAACAUCAACAUCAAGGGCUACGACUCCGACAGUCUGGACCUCGGCUCCAUCUCCCACAUCAAGGGCUCUUUGAGCGUGGCCAACGCGAGCAGUCUGCUGAGAAUCGAGGGCGUCGAGCUCUCCACCAUCGAUGGCACCUUUGCACUGGACACCUUGACCUCCUUGACCUCGAUUUCGCUGCCCAAGCUGGAAAGCAUCGACACGAUCCAGUGGAAGGUGCUUCCUAUUCUGAGCGCCGUCAAUCUUGACAAGGGCAUCAAGCGGAUUAACUCUGUUGUGAUGAGCGACACCUCGCUGACGGGCUUUUCUGGCUUCAACGUCGAGUCGCUCAAGACGCUCAACAUCAACAACAACCGGUUCCUCGAGCGAAUCGACUCCUCUGUCAAGGAGAUCACAGAGACCUUGCUGAUUGCUGCCAACGCCCGGAACUUGCAGGUGUCGCUCUCAGACCUCACCUGGGCCAACACCAUCACCAUCAAGGACACCAGCAGCCUGAACCUGGACAGCUUGCAGGUGGUGGAGAACUCUGCGCAGUUCAUCAACAACAGGUUCAGCGAGCUCAAGCUGCCAAAACUGAAAUCCACGGGCAUGACACUCAGCGUGAUCAACAACAAGCAGGUGCGCACUGUCGAGUUUCCGUCUCUGGCCGAGGUUGGCGGCGGCCUGAUGAUCAUCGACAACGACCAGGUCAACAGGGUCGACUUUUUCCCCGUGUUGCGGGCAAUUGGCGGCGCGAUUGAGUUCCAGGGCAACAUCGAAACGAGCAGCUUCAAACAGCUCAAGGUGGUCAAGGGCAGUGCUAUCAUCAAGUCGACGUCGACGCAGUUCGACUGCAAUAAGUGGAUGAAAGAGGAGGUCAGCGGUGUUGUUCGCGGCGGCAAGAUUGAGUGCGGCUCUGGUGCGUCGAGGUCCACUGAGGUGCUGCUCGUGGACGAGUCCGGCGACAUCACGACGGGCACCCCUGGCGUCAACAGCGGCGUUGCCGACGGCGACCACGCAAAACAGACGCUGGCCCGGAGCGGGUCCUCUGGCUCCAGACCCUCGGGCGUCGGCUUUGCGGCCGUGCUGCUCGGCUUUGGGGUCUCAUGGCUUGCUAUGCAGCUCUAAAUACGUUUUAGUUUGAUUGGAAAGUAAGAUUUCCCC